AUGCUUGCUCCGUCGCCAUGGCCAGGCGGUGCUCCAGGUGGAAGCUUUCGCUUCUCGCCAUCACCGGCCCCACCAGCUGUUGCACAAUGCGGACCCGCCUUAGUGCCAGGUCUGCGUGUGGAGGCUGAGUGGGUUCCUGGACGAUGGCAUUGCGGACAGGAGAGAGCUGUGGCGCCUGAUGGAGCCGUGACAAUUCGCUAUGACGAUGGGUAUCUGCAGAAAAAUGUUGCUCACGGGAAGGUUCGUGCUGCUGCCAACGGACCUGCCAUUGCGUCAGGGCCUCUUCGUGCGGGUGUCCCGCCACCACCACCACCUGCUGUGUACCCUUGGCCAGAGGACGGAACAGCGAAACCAGGUGAGCAAGUGUACGUUGGUGAAGACGAAGAUCCAUGCACCAAGAAGUUCCGGAAGCGGCUGUCCAUUGCCGUGGACAAGGGCCGCACAGAGGAGGUGCAGGCUUUGCUCCUCGAUGCCCACAAAGUCGGCCUGCAGGGCCCGGAGGUGCGCUGGGCUCGCGACGUCCUGCUUGCUGCCGAGGCCGCCGAGUUCCGGAAGAGUGCUGUGAUGCUGGUGGAGGACGCCGUGGAGUCCGGCGACUACUGGAAGCUGCAGGCGGCAAUGCAAGCUGCGGUUGGCUGUGGUUUGGGCGCAGAGCAGGCACCCCCGCUGAAGCAAGCGAUGCGUACUCACAAAGCUCGUUCCGAGGCAUCCAGAGAGCUGCGGAAAGCAGCUCAGAUCCGAGAUGUCCCACGACUGCGAACUGCCAUUGAGGGGGCUCUGAAGGUCCACUUGGAAGAGGAUGUCGUAAAGCGAGCCCGCGCAACUCUUCGAGCUCUGCAGGCCAGGGAAGCUGCCCGAAAGGAGCUACGGCGAGCUGCCGAAGCCAAGGAUAUGACUCGACUGAAAGCUGCCAUCAUCGCUGCCGAAAAAAGCUUCCAGGAGAAGGUUCCCGAGAUGUGCGGGGAUGACCCCAAGGAGAAGCAAGAGUUGGAUGCAGCACGAGCAGCUCUGCGCACGCAUGCCACGAGCAGGCUGUCAAGACUGGCAGAUGCAGAAGACAUCGAAAGCCUCGGAAAAGGUCUUCAGGAACUUUCUGGCCAUGGAGUUCCGGCAGAAGAGUGGCAGCAGUUCGAACAGAGGCACUCUCAGCUGAAGACGCGCCAGCGGUGCCAAGAUAAAUUGGCACAAGCGACGAAGGCCAGAGACAAGGAUGCAAUCCUGGCUGCUAUGGAAGAUGCCAAGGUCGUGUUGGAGCAGAACUCAGAAGUCAUCGAGAUUGCCCAGAAGACGGUGUCCAUGCUCGAGGCGGAGGAGACCAUGGCCAAGACGCGUGCCGAGGUGGCAGAGGAGUUGACUCGCUCCGUGCACGGGGAGGAUCAGCGGCGGUUGAUUGCAGCUCUUACAGCCGCCGAUGCAGCAGGUUUCACCUCUUCGGAGGUUGCAUUUGCACGGGAGCGCCUGCGGCGACUGCGAGCUCGAGUUGGUGCGGCGCAAGAGCUGCGGGAAGCGGCACAUUCAGCAGACAUGUACAGGCAAGAGAUGCCGCAAGUCGUGCUUUUGAUGCCGCGCUCUGUGUUGUCAGGCCGUCACAGAGAUGUCCUGCAGGACCACCGCAGAGUCGUGGGGCAUGUGCAGCGGGGCCUGCAGCAAGAGCCAGCCGGAAGCGCUGGUGCUCUGGCAGAUUUCGUUGGACAGAGGAUCUAUUUCACAAAUGGCAACGCGCCGUGCCCCCUCGGCUCUCAGCCAAUCGUGGAUGCGAUGAGCUGCAUUGAGGGGGCUGACGAGACGAUUGAUGUGCCCAGCGUUUGUGGAGGCACGCUUUUAAGUGAAUGUGUUCAGCGCAGAAACGAGUCGCUGCUACCCAAAGGGUGUUUCACAUUGGAAUAUCUUGGCGUUGUCUCGCUGGUGCUCAAUCCUGGAGGAGGGGAGACGCUGACGUGUCAGCAGCCUGCCUUCUGCGAUAAUAUCUGUGUGAAGCUGCCGCCUGAGCCGCCGACAACUACGCUGCCUGUCACUGUGACGCACAGCACCAUGACUUACACAGCCACCACUUCAAUUUCGACAACUUCUACCAGGACAACAUCAAGCCAAACACAGACAUCUACAGGGACGCUCACGAGAAGCUCCACAUCCACGAUGAGUACAACUCUCACGGUGACCUCAGUCACAGGUACGAGGACCUCAACAACAACGUUUUCAGUGACGAGCAGCACAACGUUCUCACUCAGCACAAGCAGCACAACCAACACUGUACACACGACUGAAGUCAUUGGUCUGGACUCGAAUUCCAGCGGUUGUUGGAAUUGCUCGGACUGGGACUACACAACCACCACCACCACUGUCACCACGACCAGCACCGCCUUCACAAGAGCCACCACCAAGCCAAAGCGUGAUUGCCUGGAUUGCAAUGAGACUGGUGACAGCGGCUCCAGGGACCUUGUUGGAAGAAAACCUGCCCGACAGGCACCGACCAGUUAUCAGCUCUCGACUGCAGCCCCGUUGGGCAAGCAGGUGCCAUCCACAACUGUGACAACUACAACUGUGACCACUACUGCUUUGUCAGAUGGGGAAGAUUCAGAUGCAAUCUCUUCGACUGGUGAUCAGAUCAAUGCUGACUCCGAUGACAGCGAUGCAACACCCAGAGGCGACCAGACGGAGCACGGGCAUCAGCCUCAAGUGAAAACCUCCCCAAGCAACUCUCCCAGGAGCAACGAAGUAGCGACACCUUCCACCCACAACGCAUCUCCAUCUCGACACCUCCGAGCAUCGCUGAAGCGCAAGAGUGACUAA